GGUGUGUGGCCAAUGGAUGUUGUGUGGAUGCAAGAACUUCCCAUUGUUACUAUCCUUUGGAUGCGUGCACUGCAGAUGGGCAUUUUGUAUUCUCCGUAUACCGCACCUCAACCAAGCCAGAAAUUGAUCCGAGCAGUCUAGUAAUUGCAGGAAACCAUUCAUGUGUCCCUGUAAUCUGCACUCCAGACUUUGCGGUCUUCAAAUUUCCUGUGACUGGCUGUGGGACACGUGUCUUUACUGUGGCGGAGACUACAAUCUAUCUUGCUGAAGUUCGUGGUUUGGUUCGGGGGAUCCAGCAGAUGUAUGGACAAAUUACCAGAGAUGGCCCUUAUCGUUUCCAUGUGGAAUGUCGCUAUUCUAAAGGAAACUUGGCCAGCAUGGGUUACUUGGUGGUGAACCCAUCGCCUCCAUCAGCAGCCUUGGCUUUUGGCUGGCUUGGGGUUAGGUUAAGGAUUGCCACAGAUGCCAGCUACACCAGCUUCUACCCACAGUCCCAUCUGCCCCUGAGCGUCUUGCUUGGAAGCAAGGUGUAUCUGGAAGUGCAGCUUGUGAACCCUCCUAACCCCAGUGUAGUUCUGCUGGUCCACUACUGCAUCGCCUAUCCCCGGUCCUCUCAAGCUGCCUGGGUGAUCAUCUAUGAAGGUUGUCCAAACAUCCUGGAUUACAGCAGUGCUGCUGGCCUCCAUGUCAAAUACAAUAACAUGCCUGUAUCCAAGCACACUCGACGCUUUGAAAUAGAAAUCUUCCAGUUCCUGGACUACAAGACCAAGCAGCGUUUGGAUGAGGAAAUCUAUUUCAUGUGUUCAACCGAAGUGUGUUCCCCGGAACGUCGUGUUUGCAAUGAAGGAUGCUUUGAUGGAAGAGAGAUGCCUGUUCCCACAUCAAGAUCUGCUGGAGGGCGCUGUGCAGGAAAGCCCUGUCCUGGGAAAUCAAACGUAGACAAGCGAGCUGCUCCUGGUCAUGCUGGCUUCAUUGCUGUCAGCGAAGGAACCUUCACUUUGGAUGAGAUUGUGCCCCAUGAACAAACGGAGAAGCACUGGACGCACUUCCAUGGUCUCCUGUGGCUGCUUGGUUUGCUGGUCCUGGUAUCUGUUAUAAUGCUCUUCCUCAAAUGGAUUGGCUUGCAAAUUGUCAGGUCCUAGAGAAGCAGUCUCUAACUUGAAUAAACCUUUAUCUUGUGUUAA